GCAACUUUGCUGAAACCAUUUAUUAGCUCAUAUAUAUUUUGUGGAUUUGAUAAAUAAUGUUAUCUGCAAAUAGAAUAGUUUUACUUCUGCCUUUCAAUUUGAAUGUCUUUUAUUUCUUUUUCUUGCCUAUUUGCUAUAGCUAUAGCUUCUAAUAUAGUGUUGAAUUGCAGUGGUAAAAGCACUAUCCUUUGCCUGUUCAUGAUCUUCUUGGGGAGUGGGGAGAUCUUUUAGUCUUUCACUAUGGAGUAUGUUCCCUGUGAGUUUUUCAUAUGUGCACUUUAUUAUGUUGAAGAACUUUGCUUCCGUUCCUUUGUUUUCUGAGUUUGGUUAUCCUCAAAUGGUACUGGAUUUUGUACUUUUUUCUGCAUCAAUUGAUAUGAUCACAUGUUUAUUCAUUUGUUUUAUUAAUGUGUUGUCUUACACUGAUUAAUGUUCUUAUAUCGAACCACUCUUGCAUUCCUAGGAUAGAUCCAACUUGGUCAUAGUAUGUAAUAUUUUUAAUAUGCUGCCAAAUUUGGUUUUGCUAGUAUUUUAUUGAGAAUUUUUUGCAUCUGUAUUCAUAAGGAAUAUUAGUCUGUAAUUUUAUUUUCCUGUGAAGUCUUUAUCUGGCUUUGGUAUCAAGGUAAUGCUGGCUGGCACUGUAAAACUCAGAGGAAUGAGUUAGGAAGUAUACCCUUCUAAUUUUGGAAAUGUUUGAGGAAGAUUAGUAUUACUUCUUUAAUUUGAUAGAAUUAAGCGGCGAAGUCAUCUUGCCCUGGAUUUUUUUUUUAUUUAGGCAGUUUUUAAAAAAAAUUACUGAUUGAAUCUCUUUAGUGGUUAUAAGUAUGUUGAGAUUUUAUAUUUCUUCUUGAGUCAGUUUCAGUAAUGUGUGUCCUUCUAGGAAAUGUGUCUAUUUAAUUGAGUUACUUAACUUAUUAGUGUAUAGUUGUUCAUAGUAUUCUCUUAUAUUCCUUUUUUCUUUUUGUAAUGUCACUUUAAUUUCUGAUUUUAGUUCUUUGCAUCUUUUUUCUUUAGUCAAUCUAGAUGAAAGCUUAUGAAUUUUGUUCUAUUUAAGAAUCCGUUUUUAGAUUUAUUGAUUCUCUGUAGCUUUCUAUUCUCUGUUCGCUUACCUUUGCUCUAAUAUGUAUUAUAUCUUUUUUUCUGCUAGCUAUGGAUUUAGUUUGAUCCUUCUUUGCUAGCUGCUGAAGGUAUAAAGUUAUUGCUUUCUUUUUGAAAAUAGGCAUUUAUUGCUACAAAUCUCUCGAUAGGCAUGCUCUUGGUUGCAUCCCAUAAGUUGUGACAUAGACUCUUUACCUUUUCACCCAUUUUUAAGUAUUUUUAAGUUUCCUUUGUGGUUUCUUCUUUGAUCCAUUAAACGUUGUUUAAUAUCCAUGUUAAUAAACUUUUUCACUGUUACUCAUUUUGAGCUUUAUCCUAUUAUGGUCAGAAAAGAUAUUUUUAAUGAUUUCAGUCUUUUAAAUUUACUGAGAUUUAUUUUGUGCCCUAAUCUAUGGGCUUCCCUGUAGAAUGUUUUUUGUACACUUGAGAAGAAUGACUAUUCUACUAUUGGUAGGUAGAGCAUUCCACAUACUUCUCUUAGGCCUAUUUGGUUUAUACCAUUAUUCAAUUACUCUGUUUUCCUAUGAAUCUUUUGUCUGGAUAUUCUGUCCAUUAAUGAAAGCAGAGUAAUGAAGCGUCCAGCUAUUAUUACAGAACUCUGUAUUUCUUCAUUUAAAUCUGUGAAUUCCUGAAAUUAGAACACUGAUUUCUCUUUCAUUAAGUAGUUCCCUUAAGACAAACUAUGUUCUCUUAUAGAGGAUUGAUGUUUUGGGAGUUAUAUUUCUUGGUUGGCUUUACUUUGAAUGUAACUGUCCAUAUGGUCUAUGUAUAGAACUGGUUAAAAAAAAGUCCCUCACUUUCCAGAGGUGGCUGCUUAUUAGUUUCCAUCUUCAUGAACUGUGAGGUGUCUAAAGAGUAAGGCCCACCAAGGUGCCCUGGAAGUUAGGUACUUUGUCAGUCAUUGAUCCUCCUACCUUGCCUAACCCCUAACCCUGGUUCAAGGUUUAGAGCUGCACUGUCUCUGGCUAUGGUUGGAAGCCACCACUCCUGCACCUUCUAUACUUGUAUAAGUGACAGGAACCCUGCCUCUAGUUUCUCAUAUCUGAUACUAUCUACUGAUAUCUUCCAGAAAUUAUAUAAUUGUCUUUUUUGGUAUAUAUUAUUUGCACAUUUAUUGUUUAUGUUCCUUCCACUCAUAUUUUUGCAGGCAUCAGAGGUAGAUAUGUGUUUGAGGUUCACCAUCUUUAAAUGGAAGUGUCAGUUAUUUUUGAAACUGUGUUCUCUCUUAUUUUCUAUUACUCUGGAAUGUCUCCUGGUGCCAUUCUCACAUUUUUGUAAAUUCCUUUUCAGCCUUUAUGGCCUAUGUUUCUUUUUCUUGCCAGCCACUUAUAUAUUUGUAUUCCCUUAAAUUCUGUGUUGGUAAUUUUUUUCCUCCAUCUUUGUCUCCUUUGUGAAUAUCUGAUCACUGGUGGCCCCUGUGACACAGAGUUGCCAUUUUCACCCAUAUCCUUAUUUCCAUGCUGGAUCUCUUUCCUGAGCUUCAGAAUAAUCUCUGUAGCCUUCUACUGGACAUGCUCACUUCCAUGACAUGAAGCCAUUCCUAGAGCUGCAUGACCUCCAUGUGACUUAUUGUCACUCUGCAAUUCCCCCCUCCCCCAACCUCCUGGUUCUACUUUCUAGACCUAAGGCCUCUAUGCGGACCCUCUGGAAGUCACCCUUCCUCUCUUCCUUUGACUAGUGAAUUCUCUCUUCCACAUCUCCACUGUUGCCCCUUAAUAUAGACAGUCUACCUCUAAUGCUGCUCUCCAGCACAGUCUCCACUCUACUUGGGUGGCAUUACUUCCUCGGUGAAAAUGGAAUUAUGUUACAGGGAUUCAGGUGUGUAUUUCAAUUCACCAUCAACUUCUGCUAUUCACAUCAAUGAUCUGGUGUUGGGGGAGCAGGGAGCCUAUGGCCUAAAGGAAGUGUGCAAGAUAAUUGGGUAUAUGUCAUAUACUGCCAGUUCCUUAGGGAAUGGGAAAAAAAUAUCAUCAUGCCUAUUUAUAUUUUUAUCUAAAAAAUAAGAACAAAAUUAAGCUGUCCUUAUAUGUGGGUUGACUGUAUUUUAUUUACUUUAUAAAUAAAUAUAAAUAAAACUAGUUGCUAAAAAUUUUUUACAGAUUAGAUGAGUGAUAAAUAAUUGGAGAACACUAACAGUAUUAAAGCCAAGAAUAUUUCCUAGUCUCCCUCAUCUCCCAUGCCUCUGCAACCUUUACCUCAUCACAGGUCAGACAUGCCCUCUUAUCCUGUUAAGCAAUUCCAUUGACUUGCCACAUAUUUUUUUCAGGUUUUUAACAUUUCCUUAAGUUUUUGUUAUAUGUUUGCAAAGGAACUAAAGUUUUAACACUUUAGUGAAAUCUAAUACGUUGACACACUCUUACCUUUUUUGCACAAAAAAAGGUUUUGCACAGAACCUUUUUAUGAUCCAUCUGUGCUGCACGUAUCUGUGGUAUGAAUCUUUUAAGUUCUGUGGUGGGUAUGCCUCUGUAUGUAUGUUUCCUCAUUAGAAGAUAUAUUCUUUUCUUGUAAGGAAGAGUCUUGUAUUCUAAUUGGAAUACUCAGAAACUAAGAAACCUGUAAGCACAUGUGGGCACUAAAUAUUUUUCCAUUAAGUAAUAAAUUAAUGCACCAACAGGAUAUUUCUACUAUGAUUUUUUACCCACAAUGUAUAACAUAAAACAACAUGUGUCAUGGAGGCCCUUUAUAACAUUUUCUGUUUAAUUUUCAACAAUAAAAAUGGUAAGAAUUAGUCCCCAAACAUCUUUCUUCACAUCACCUGAUUCUGAUCACUUGAAACUGAGCAGAACUGUGAUUUUCCAGGGACCAGUGUCAUUUAGGGAUGUGAGUGUGGGUUUUACUCAAGAGGAGUGGCAGCAUCUGGACCCUGCUCAGAGGACCCUGUACAGGGAUGUGAUGAUGGAGAACUACAGCCACCUUGUCUCAGUAGGGUAUUGCAUCCGUAAACCGGAAGUAAUCCUCAAGUUGGAGAAAGGCGAGGAGCCAUGGAUAUUAGAGGAAAAAUUUCCAAGCCAGAGUCAUCUGGGUGAGUUAGUAUGUGCCAGAUGGAAUUUAAAGGAAGGUAGAUCACAAAGGGUAAGUUCAGAUAAUAAGACCAUUGAAAUAUUCUUCAGGAAUCAUGUUUUAGAGGCUCCAGACCUUUACAAGUAACAUGUUGACAAGACUCAAAUAUCCAGUGGCUUUGAAUCACCCAGCAUCUCCCCGUAUCACUUCCGUACACCAUCCUGUAUUUUUUUAACUGGUAUAAAUUAUUUAGAGUUAACUCACAGCUUAAUAAAAUUUUAUACACACACACACACACACACACACACACACCCAUCACUGAGAUGAAUAUAUAUGAAUAUAUGUAUCAUUGAGAGUGAUUUUUCAUUACCCCUACGAAAACUCCCUGGUGUCCUCUUCCCGGUAAAGAAUAUCCUUCCUUCUAGAAAAUAUUAAAUAUUACUAUAAGGACACAGGCACACAAAUGUUCAUU